AUGUGGUUCAUCCGCACGGCCCUCAUCCUAACCACAGCUGCCUCUUCCGCAGUCGCUCUCUGGCCUCAACCCAAAUCCCUAACCACCUCCAAAUCCAUCACUCGUAUCUCCACCGAUCUUUCCUUCAACCUCGUCCAAUCCACCGAUCGCAGUCGAGUCCCCUCCGAUCUCACCGAAGCUAUUGAUGCAGCGGCUAAACUGGCUAAUAGUGUCGAUCUUUGGCCUCUUACCCCUGACCGUGGGGAGGGGCUGCGAGGGGGGUUGGAGAAAGCGCCACUGAUCGCUAGUGUCGAGAUUAAGGUGCUGGAGUUGAUGCCCGAGACUAUGCCUAAUCCUUGUGUUGGGGUUAAGGGUAAAGUUGAAGACACUCAGAGUGGAAAAGGAGCUGGUGAGGCGAAGAAGGUGUCGAGGAGGGGACUGCAGACCCCCUUCCAGGGAAGGAAGUCUGCUGUUGCUAGUGAGGAUGAAGAUGCGGGAGCUGAUAAGCAUGUCAUCGAAGAUUCCUCCGUCCAAACCGGCGUUUGGGAUAACAAAUGCAGUAUUUCAGCACACGCCAUUCGUGAGCUCUCCUACAACUGCUCCACCAAGCCUCUUAAUCUCGAAACUGAUAAGUCGGCUCCUGGGGAUCUUGGAUACCUCGACGCUGAAUCGUAUCGGUUGUUUGUUCCGGAUAACGGCGCUUCGAUUCAGCUUACUUCCUAUACCUCGCUUGGCGCUUUGCGUGGGUUGCAGACUCUUUUGCAGCUUAUCUACGCUCUUCCACCGACAGCUGAAGGGAAAGUUGAGCGAGGAACAAGGUUCAUCCAAAACGUCCCACUCACCAUCUCUGAUCAACCAGCCUAUCCCUACAGAGGGCUGUUGUUGGAUACGGCUCGAAACUUCUUCCCCAUCGAAACAAUCAAGAAACUUAUCGACACGAUGGGUUUCGUAAAGAUGAAUCAACUUCAUUGGCACGCGACUGAUACUCAGUCCUUCCCCCUCUCCUUCAACGACAAGGACCUUGCUAUUCUAGCCGAGAAGGGUAGUUAUGGAUUCUACAAAACCCCUUCAGGCGAAAUCAAGAGGAUGGUAUACACCGAGGAAGACAUCAAGGGAAUCAUCGCCUACGCAGCUGCACGGGGUGUGAAUGUGAUUAUUGAGACGGAUAUGCCAGGACACAUGCUAGCUGGAGUUGAAGCGGUGGAUAAUGGUUCACUUAUGGCUUGUCCCAAUAAUCCGGAUUGGGCUAGUGUUGCUGCUGAGCCUCCUUCUGGUCAGCUUCGACUUGUCUCUAACUGGACCUUUUCAGACACCACCAAUGUCGAAACCUUCUCUGUCCCCGCCCCUAUCUCUAAGUUCGUUUCUUCACUCCUACGAAAAAUUUCGUCCCUUUCCAAGUCGGUCUACGUCAGCUCUGGUGGAGAUGAACCAAAUUUCCACUGUUGGAAUCUCUCCUCCGAAGCCAAUAUGGAGCCUUACCUUAACAAGUUUAUGACGCUGGUAACAAAGGAGACUGGUGGAGUUGGGAAGAAGGGUAUGGUUUGGGAAGAGAUGGCGGUUAAGUUCCCCACCGUUGCCAAGACCUUAGGCAAGGAUAGUUUGGUGGAGAUUUGGAACGACGCUAACAACUCCGCUAUUGCACUCAAGAACAACCCCGACAUCAACAUUGUCCUUGCACCCGUCAGCUACUUCUACCUGGACUGCGGUGGAGCAUCUUUCCUCGGCAAUUUCACCUCCAACCUCUGGUGUCCUUACGUUUCGUGGCAGCAAACAUACUCUUUCGACCCUGCAGUAGUUAUCGCCAACUCCACCGCCACCCUCGCUCCCACCGAUGAAAAAGCCAAGCGGGCUAUCCAGCAGAGGUUUGUAGGUGGAGAGCACGCGAUCUGGUCCGAAACCAUCGAUGCAACCAACCUCGAACAAAAAGUUUGGCCUAGGGCUGCAGCAGGCGCUGAAAUCUGGUGGACAGGAGAAGAGGUGGAGAAGGGUAAAAAGAGAGAUAAGGUCGAAGCUUUGGGUAGGAUGAUAGAUUUGAGAUGGAGAAUGGUGGAGUUGGGAGUUAGGGCUGAGCCCUUGCAGCCUCAGUGGUGUGCGGAGCGGAUUGGCGAGUGUAAUUGGCACGGUUGA